AUGGUAGGUAAUCCAUUCAAAAAAGCCUAUUGGGAAGAUGUUAUUGAUGGCUUCCAUGCGGCAGACACCCCUGUGGGUGUUGUUAAUGGUACUUCAACAGGUUCGAAUACGGUAGAAAAUGAAUCUACUAUAUCUCUAAAGGAUCAUCACACACAUGUUUACAUUAAUAACAGUGAAAAUAAAAGUGAAUAUGAAAAAUCUGAGUCUAAUAUGUUCACUCGUGAGAAAAAAGAGAUAAAUCUCAAUAAUAAUAGCAGUUAUAACAGUAGUAGUAAUGAUGGACGCGAUGUUGAUGAUGAUUAUGACUAUAAUACUAAUAAUUUCUCGAAUGAAAAACAAUUACGUGAUGGGUCCGUUGAACAAGAGCACAUCUCAAAAGUUAAAAUGAAUAAAGAUUUGGAUAUUAGACAUCUUUUAACUUUAGCUGUUGGUGGUUCGAUCGGUACUGGUCUUUUCGUUAAUUCUGGUGGGGCUUUGAAUUCUGGUGGUCCGGCUUCAUUGGUUAUCGCUUGGGUCAUCAUAUCUACUUGUCUUUUCACAGUUAUUAACUCCCUAGGUGAAUUGGCUGCAGCUUUCCCAGUUGUUGGUGGGUUUAAUGUUUACAUUACCAGAUUUGUAGAUCCAUCUUUCGGGUUUUCUAUCAAUUUAAAUUAUUUGGCUCAAUGGUUGGUUUUAUUACCAUUGGAAUUAGUGGCUGCAUCCAUUACCAUUAGAUAUUGGAACGACAGAAUUAAUUCGGAUGCAUGGGUUGCGAUUUUCUAUUCUGCAAUUGCGUUUGUUAAUAUGUUGGAUGUUAAGUCAUUUGGUGAAGCAGAAUUUAUUCUUUCAAUGAUUAAAAUUCUAGCAAUUAUUGGAUUUACUAUUCUGGGCAUUGUAUUAUCUUGUGGUGGGGGCCCUCGUGGUGGUUAUAUUGGUGGUAAAUAUUGGCAUAACCCAGGUGCCUUUGUGGGUGAUACUGCUGGUACCCAAUUCAAAGGUCUUUGUUCAGUGUUUGUUACUGCUGCGUUUUCAUAUUCUGGUAUUGAAAUGACCGCGGUCUCUGCUGCAGAAUCCUUGAAUCCAAGAAAGACUAUUCCAAAAGCAGCAAAGAGGACUUUCUGGUUGAUUACUGCAUCAUAUGUAACUAUUUUGACAUUAAUUGGUUGUUUAGUACCAUAUAAUGAUCCAAGAUUAUUAAAUGGUACUAGUUCUGUGGAUGCAGCAGCAUCUCCUUUAGUUAUUGCAAUCGAAAAUGGUGGUAUUAAAGGUUUACCUUCUUUGAUGAAUGCUAUUAUUUUAAUUGCAAUUAUCUCUGUUGCUAAUAGUGCUGUUUAUGCAUGCUCUAGAUGUAUGGUAUCUAUGGCACAUAUUGGUAACCUACCAAAAAUUUUGUCUAAGAUUGAUAAAAGAGGUAGACCAAUCAAUGCUACUCUAGCCACUCUAUUCUUUGGUUUAUUAUCAUUCAUUGCUGCCUCUGAUAAACAAGAAGAGGUUUUUACUUGGUUAAGUGCAUUAUCUGGUUUAUCUACAAUUUUUUGUUGGAUGGCUAUUAACAUUUCACACAUCAGAUUCCGUCAAGCUAUGGAACAUCAAAAUAUUUCGUUGAAAGAAUUGCCAUAUAUUUCGCAGACAGGUGUCAUUGGCUCGUAUUAUGGUCUUGCAGUGUUGUUUUUGGUUCUUAUUGCAUCCUUUUGGACCUCUUUGUUUCCAUUAGGUGGGAACGGUGCAGAUGCAGAAUCAUUCUUUGAAGGGUACUUAUCUUUGCCAAUUCUUAUUGUAUGUUAUGUUGGUCACAAGUUGUAUUUUAAGAGGAAACAAAUCCUGGUCUCCUUGGAUGAAAUGGAUUUGCAUUCAGAUAGAAAACAAGUCGACUUAGCUGUGCUCAGAGAAGAAUUAAGAAUUGAAGCAGAAAAUCGUAAGACUUUCUUGGCUCGUUUCUUACAUGUUUGGUGUUAA